AUGAACAGCACCCUCUUCCUUCGCUGGCUUACGUCGCAGCUGCUACCCGCCCUGGAAGAACCAUCAGUAUUGGUUUUGGACAACGCGCCCUACCACAGCCAGUUGACAGAGGAGAGUCGGUGUCCCACCACCGCCACCAACAAAGCAGAGUUGAUGGACUGGCUAGCGAUCCGCAUAAUUCACUUCCCGCAACACGCCACGCGUCCCGAGCUUCUUCAGCUCUGCAGGAGACACCGACCGGAGCCACAGUACACAGUUGAUAAUGUCAUUCGUGACUGGGGACAUGAGGUCGUCCGACUACCACCUGCACAUCCCGAGCUUAACGCCAUCGAACAGGUGUGGGGCGCCAUGAAGCGGUAUGUGCGCUCCACCUUGCAGCGAUUCACCCGGGCAGAUCUACAGGUGAGGGUACAAGAAGCCAAGCUGUGCGCAACAAAGGAGGUGUGGGCAGGAGCAGUACGACGAGCCAGAGCCUUCGAGGACGAGUACUGGUCCUCUGACAACAUACGUGAAGGUGUAGAUCCCGUCGUCAUCAACAUCGACAGUGAUGAUGAAGACCCUCCGGUGGCCUCGCUGGAGCUGGGCCGCGGCGCCUCGUCCACGGUGCGGGAGGGAGAGGACGUCUACUUCAACUGCCGUGUCGACUCCAACCCGCCGCUGCACAACAUAACGUGGCUCAGACAGGGUGAGGCCAUCGAACAUGCCCCUGAGGCCGGCGUGUUGGUGGGGGGACACAGCCUGGCUCUCCGCGGGGUAUCUCGGCUGGACGCGGGGCCCUACGUGUGUCUGGCCGCCAACGCCGAGGGGGAGGGAGCCAGCCCGCCGCUACUCCUCCAGAUUCACUAUGCCCCAGUAUGCAGAGACGGUAGUGGGCCAUCCAAGGUGUACACGGCGGGUCUGGGUAAGCCUGUCAACGUGUCUUGCCAUGUGAAGGCCUCGCCCCCGCAAGUCAAGUAUUCCUGGAUCUUCAAUAACAGCAUCAGCUCACAACGACUGCCGGUAGAACAGGUCUUGUCUGCUACAGAGGGCGGCAGCGUGGUGGAGUUCGUUGCGGGCUCUCCCCAGGACUACGGGACGCUGCAGUGCUGGGCCCAGAACAGCGUGGGCAAGAUGUCGCGGCCCUGCCUCUACCACGUGGUGCCCGCAAUUCGUCCGGAGCGCCCGUCGUCCUGCGCGGUGGUCAACAAGACCUACGACGCCUUGGUGGUGGCCUGCGCGGCGGGCUUCGACGGGGGACUACAACAGAGCUUCUUUGCGAAGCUCUACGAGGCCGUGACGGGUCGAGGGCAGGUCAACAUGAGCGCGCCGCAGCCUCGCUUCACGCUAGAGGGCCUCACGCCAGGCCUCGACUACGUGAUCCGCGUCAGCGCCCGCAACGCCCUCGGCCACUCCCCCGCAGUGCGACUCGAGGCCUUCACGUACAAGCUGGCGGCAAACACCAUGAAAGAGGAAAAAGUUGAGAAGGAGGAAGAGAAAAUCGACCCUCCCGGAUCUGGUCUGAUAAUGAUGGUGUCGAUGGCGGCGGCGGUGGCGACGGUGGUAGUGGCGGUGGUGGCGGUGGUUGUGGUCGGGGCGCGCUGGUGUCUUCAUGGGAGCAGCAGACAGACUCCCGAGGCCUCCACGAGCAGAGGGGAAUAUGCGCCCCCAGGCCAACCAGCAGCAUGUUGGCGGGACAAUGUUGGUGACGAGCUGCAGCCAUGGGCCGGGUCUGGAGAUGGUGAGGCAACUGGCCAAGGGCAGCACUCCCUCGGAGGUCAUCAUUGCCACCUGCGGAAGCCACAAGAUGCUCAGGAACUUCAGUAGCUGUGCAAGAGUUACCAGGGAAGCCAUACACUCAGGCUUGAUGUGGCAGAUAAGCAGAGUCACUCGGAGGCAGCAACGGCGGUGAGCCAGCUGGUGGGCCAGCGAGGCCGCAACCUGCUCAUCAUCAGCGCCGGCGUGGCCCCGCACUCCACACACAUCAACAUGGUCAAGUGGCCACAGGUGGUGGACACCUUCUCGGCCAACACUGUGGCACCAGUCAUGCUCUCCAUGGUAAACACCAAACUCAAGCGUGAUCAGACAGGCCUAAUGGUGUUGGCUAGACGGUAGUUCGUUCCCUAUGCUGUCCAAAUCCCUUAUGCAAGAGUUAACCAGCGUCUCCAUUCCUUCAUUUCUUGCGCUGGUGAACACGAAACAGUUUUCUCUUGUCUGUAUUUCCUCCUGCCUACAACUUGAACUCUUUCAAGAGUAGACUAUAGAGACACCUCUCCUACAGAAAUUGAUCUCUCUUUUGGCCACUCUACUCUUUUUAUUUUAGUGGCAGUGAUUAGUGGGCUUCUUUUCUCAACUUUCUUUCUCCCUUGAGCUGCUUCCUUUGGUGUAAAAAAAAAACAAUUGUUUUAUGCAUAGUUUCAGCUAUGCACGGUUCACCAUGAAAUGUAAACUUUAACAUUCUGCCAUCACCCAGUGUGUAGUGUACUGUACUGCUGUAAUAUUAUGCCUGGAAUGUUAUACACGGUUU